CUCAAUUCCUACAUAAUCUGUUCAUCCACUUUUCCCUUCCUCCUUUACUGUCUUCGUGAUCCUCCCUAGAAAGAAAGAGAAAAACUUCUUCCCUAAGCAAAACACCAAACCCUAGGAAUUUCCAUAUUAUUAUUCUUUCUUCGUCCCGCUUCAGAUAGCGGAACUUGUUUGCAGCGAGUAUCUGGGAAGUUCGAAGGUUUUGUGGAAGACAUGGGGACUAAUUUGGUCAACACUGUGAUGAGAUUAGGUGCGCAUAUAUCGGACGACGAUCAGGGCUCCGUACAUUCCAUUACUUUGUUCAUAUCACUACUCUGCGCCUGCAUUGUCAUUGGUCAUCUUGUUGAAGAGACUCGGUGGAUUAAUGAGUCCGUUACUGCUCUUUUUAUGGGUUUAUGCGCUGGAGGAAUCAUUCUACUGACUAGUAAACGAAAGAGUUCUCAUAUACUGGAAUUCAAUGAAGAACUAUUCUUCAUAUAUCUUCUACCACCUAUUAUAUUUAAUGCUGGGUUCCAGGUGAAAAAGAAGCAAUUUUUCCAAAAUAUCACCAUCAUUAUGCUGUUUGGUGCCAUUGGUACCCUAGUAUCCUUCUGUAUUAUUUCAUUGGGUGCCAAAGAGUUAUUUCAAAAGAUGGACAUUGGUUAUUUGGAGCUACGUGAUUAUCUUGCUAUUGGAGCUAUCUUCUCAGCAACAGAUUCUGUUUGCACCUUGCAGGUGCUCAAUCAGGAUGAAACACCCAUGCUGUAUAGUUUAGUUUUUGGAGAAAGUGUUGUAAAUGACGCAACUUCUGUUGUACUUUUUAAUGCCAUCCAAAAAGUUGACCUCUCUAACAUUGACUUUAAGGCGACCUUAAAGUUGACUGGCAAUUUUCUGUAUUUAUUUACAGCAAGUACUCUUCUAGGAGUUCUGGUUGGGUUGCUAAGCGCGUUCAUAAUCAAGAGGAUAUAUUUUGGCAGGCACUCAACUGAUCGCGAAAUUGCGCUCAUGAUUCUCUUGGCUUAUCUUUCAUAUAUGCUGGCUGAACUAUUUGACUUGAGUGGAAUUCUCACUGUAUUCUUCUGCGGGAUCGUCAUGUCACAUUAUACUUGGCACAAUGUGACCACAAGUUCUAAAUUGACAACAAGGCAUGCUUUUGCAACGUUAUCAUUUAUUGCUGAAACAUUCAUCUUUCUAUAUGUUGGUAUGGAUGCUUUGGACAUGGAGAAGUGGAAGCUUAUUAGUGACACUCCCGGAAGUUAUGUUGGAGUAAGUGUGGGGCUACUUGGACUUGUAUUGGUUGGAAGAGCAUGCUUUGUCUUUUUACUAUCCCUCAUAUCCAAUUGCACAAAGCAGUCUAAGAACGACAGAAUUAGUUUCAAGCAGCAGGUAGUAAUUUGGUGGGCUGGUUUGAUGCGAGGAGCAGUUUCUAUGGCAUUGGCUUAUAAUCAGUUCACUCGGUUUGGCCAUACACAACAGCCAGGGAAUGCUAUCAUGAUCACGAGCACCAUCACUAUCGUCCUCUUUAGCACAGUGGUCUUCGGGCUGCUGACCAAGCCUCUUGUGAGGUGCUUGCUGUGGAGCUCAUUUUCUUCUGAAGCAUCAUCGGUUGUGCUCCCGCUAUUAAGCUCUGCACAUCUAUCAGACACUGUGCAUGAGAUGGGCAGUGGGAGAAUUCAUCGCCGACCAAGUUUUUGCAUGUUUCUGAGCCAACCUACUAACAUAAUUCACUACUAUUGGAGGAAGUUUGAUGAUUCGUGCAUGCGGCCAGUGUUUGGAGGGAGGGGAUAUGUAUCCGGCGAUCUUGCCUCUCCCAAGGAAGAUAUCGUUCACUAACCACUUUCAGAAAGCAGCAACCUGCUAAAACUGUGUUCGUGUUGCUCUCAGAAGGAUAUGCAUAUGCAGCUCACAAUAUAUAUGUAUAUAUUGAUUGACGGACAUGUUUGUGUUGCUCUUCAUUUGUACAUAUAUUGACAGAAUUAGGUCACAUUAU